AUGCUGCAAUCCGUUAAGAAAACGUUUGCAGGGGGUCGGAAGAAAGCAGGAAGUAAAGCCGAGCACCACGAUAGCGCCGCCGGUGCCGCCCCGCACCACGGGCACGCGCCGCCACCCGCCGGUCCCGCCGGAGGACCAGCGCCCCGGGGCGCUUCAGGAGGAAAGGCUCCCGGGGCCAAUGCCGCGAAAGGCGCCGCGCCUGCCGCUGGCGCGGCGCUCCGAACGAGCAGCUUCAACAAGGACAAGUCCGACGCUGUAGCGAGUUCUGUUGUAGCGAAUCCGAACGUGUCGCCGUACGCCGAGCCGCUCCCGCUUUUCCGGGACGUGGCGGCUCCGGAAAAGCAGGCGCUGUUCAUCCGUAAGCUCGCGCUCUGCUGCCACACGUUCGACUUCGCGGACCCGCUUAAGAACAUGAAGGAGAAGGAGAUUAAGCGGCAGACGCUCUUAGAACUAGUCGAGUACGUCAACUCAGGCACGGGGAAGUUCAGCGAGGCGGUGUUCGAGGAUAUCGUGCGGAUGCUCCGCGCGAAUCUGUUCCGCGCGCUCCCCCCGUCCGCGCACGAGAACACGGGGUCCGAGGGGUUCGAUCCGGAGGAGGAGGAGCCGAAUAUGGAGCUCGCGUGGCCGCAUUUGCAGAUCGUGUACGAGUUUCUGCUGCGCUUCGUAGUUAGUAACGAGACUGACGCUAAGGUGGCGAAACGGUACCUGGACCAGCCGUUCGUGCUGAAGCUGCUAGAUUUGUUCAACUCCGAGGAUCCGCGCGAGCGCGACUAUUUAAAGACCAUUCUGCACCGGAUAUACGGCAAAUUCAUGGUCCACCGGCCGUUUAUUCGCAAGUCGAUUAACUACAUCUUCUACCGCGUUAUCUACGAGACGGAGCGGCACAACGGGAUCGCGGAGCUGUUAGAGAUCUUGGGCAGCAUAAUCAACGGAUUCGCGCUGCCUCUUAAAGAGGAGCACAAACUGUUCCUGGUCCGCGCGUUGAUCCCGCUGCACAAGCCUAAGUGCGUGUCGAUAUACCACCAGCAGCUGUCAUACUGCAUCACGCAGUUCGUGGAGAAGGACCCGUCGCUCGCGGACGUGGUGCUGCGCGGGCUGCUUAAGUACUGGCCCUUAACUAACAGCCAGAAGGAGGUGCUGUUUCUCGGGGAGCUGGAGGAAAUUCUGGAGCUCACGCAGGGCGCGGAGUUCCAGCAGGUCGUCGCGCCGCUGUUUCUCCGCAUCGCGCGCUGCCUCAACAGCUCGCACUUCCAGGUGAGAAAAGAGAAUUUGAAAACGAAACGAGGUGUGUGUGGUGUGAGGAAGAUGAAAACGGGGGUAGACGGGGCCGUGCAGCUCGCACAAGGUGUGUGCGCGCGUUUCUCCCGAUCGCACGCUGCCUGCCUCAACAGAUCGCACUUCCAGCAGAACCGACCAACCCGCUCACCACCUCCUCUCCCUCUCCGCGCAUGCCAUACGUUCCCCUCAUGGACGCGCCCCCACCCCACCUUCUCCCCCCCUCUGCCUCACCAGGUGGCUGAGCGCACCCUAUUCCUGUGGAGCAACGACUACAUUGUCAGCCUCGUGGCGGAGCGCACCCUAUUCCUGUGGAACAACGACUACAUCGUCAGCCUCGUGGCUCAGAACCGCGCUUCCGUGCUGCCGCUGAUCUUUGGUGCUCUGGAGAGGAAUGCGAGGAGCCACUGGAACCAGGCGGUGAACGGGCUGACGAUCAACGUGAGGAAGAUGUUUCUGGAAAUGGAUCAAACUCUCUACGAGGACUGCCAGAGGCAGUUUCUGGAGGAGGAGGCGCGGGAGAGGGACGUGCAGGCGGGCAGGGAGCACUCAUUACUCUCCCCUUCUCUCCCAUCCCUCCCAUCGCUCAUCAGGCUGUUAACGGGCUGA